AUGUUGAGCUCUGUGAAGAUGGAAGCACAUGAUCUACCAGAGUGGAAUACUUUCUACAGCGAGGCCAGUGAGAUGUAUUCUUCUGCCAGCACUAUGAACUCUGGUCUUGGCUCCAUGGGCUCCAUGGGCACCAUCAACAGCUACAUCAACUUGAACCCGGCCACCGCCUCCCCUGCAGGCAUGAACAUGGCGUACCCAAGCUCCAGCCUCAGCAGUUCCCCACUGGCCUCCAUGGGCUCCGGGCCCGGCCACAUGUCCCUCUCCCCAGUGGCUUCGUCCCUCAGCUCGGGCCCUCUACACCAGCUGGGCACCGCUGUUCCAGGCUCCCUGGGCUCCUUGUCCCACUACCAGAACAUGAGCCAGUCCAUGAGCCAGCUGGGAUACCCCUCCACUGCAAGUCGGGCCGGGCCCAAGGAGAUCCCACCAAAGCCCUACCGACGCUCUUUGACCCACGCCAAGCCGCCGUAUUCCUACAUCUCCCUCAUCACCAUGGCCAUCCAGCAGAGCGGCAGCAAGAUGCUCACCUUGAACGAAAUCUACCAGUGGAUCAUGGAGCUGUUCCCCUACUACCGUGAGAAUCAGCAGCGUUGGCAGAACUCCAUUCGCCACUCGCUCUCCUUCAACGACUGCUUUGUGAAGGUAGCUCGCUCGCCGGACAAGCCAGGCAAAGGCUCUUACUGGACUCUGCACCCGCAGUCAGGCAACAUGUUUGAGAACGGCUGCUACCUGAGGCGCCAGAAGCGCUUUAAGAUCGAGGAGAAGUUGGCGAAGAAAGGAGGGAAGAGCCAGGAGGGGGGCUCGGGGAAAAGAGAUCACAUGGUGGAGGAUCACAGCCCCACAGGAGGAUCAGAGGGAGCUGACUCUGCACACUCAGACAACUCCCACCCAGGCUCUUCAGACGACCAGCCGCAUCCCCGAAACUCUCUGGUUCCACUAGACUGCCCUUCACUGUCCUCCUCACACCUCCACAGCCCGCCGAUCUCCCUGCCGCCCUCCUCCUCCGCCUCGUCCUCCUUGUCCCUCUCAGCCACCACCUCCUCCAACGCGCUCCUUCACCCCCAGUCCUUAGUGGGUGGCGGCGCCCACCUCCUGCCCAGUGCCAUGCAGCAGCACAUGGACCUACAAAAUGAUGCCCUCAAGUCUCUGGACCCCCACUACAACUUCAACCACCCCUUCUCCAUCACCAACUUAAUGUCCAACGAGCAGAAGAUGGACCUCAAGUCCUACCAGGACCAGGUGAUGGCCUACAACAGCUACGCCAACGGCUCUCCUGUGGGAGCCAAGCAGAUCUACGACAGCCAAGGGCCGGCCACCAUGGACUCAGGCGCUUACUACCAAACUCUGUACAGCCGCUCAGUGCUCAACGCCUCCUAA